UUUCUCGCCAUGUUGUGUGAAGCGCGCAUGCGCACUGUGGAGGAGAGCGACGGCAGAUUGAGGUCGAUUAAAGGAUUUUUUAGAUUUCCCUUCCAAUUAAUGGUCGAAAAUGCCGAAAGAUCACGAUAAAGAUGUGUAUCCAGAGCCUCCCAGUCGGACCCCAGUGGUGGACAGACAAUCGGUUCUGCCGAAUCCAGCUUUAAUACUGUCAAAGCUCUUCUACUACUCGGUGGAUUUGCCAGUGACUACAUUCAGAGACAUUGUCGAAGGCAUCCAGAGCGGUAAGAAGUCUCACUACUACCAUCAGAAGUUCCGCCGUGUUCCUGAGCUGACUCAGUGCCGGGAAGGAGAUUAUGUGUGCUAUUAUGAGGCCGAGAUGCAGUGGAGAAGAGACUAGU